AUGGGCCGCUCCUAUUCCGCUCUUCGCGCCUCCCACGAAAAGAAAGCCGCCCUGGCGUCAAAGGCUGCGGGGGCUAACCACAAAAGGCGCCUUACAAUGGCCUUGAAGGAGAAGGGAGCCCCUCGUGCCAUGUGGGAUCCGCCGAGGAUGUCCGUCACUCCUUUACCCAACACGCCUCCCACCGAGAAGUCAAAGCCUAAAAAGAUGAACCAGGCGGCAAUUCAGAAGAUCAAGGAUGAGCGAUCCUCUGAGCUUUCUUCUGGGCGGUCUCUUCGCUCGUCUACAACCUCUGCUGCUGCCAAAGUUACUGAAAACGUCAAAACGGCAGUUGGAAACGUCAAGAAGGCAGCCAAGGCAGCUAUCCAAAAGAUCAAAGAUGAGCUGUCUUCCGAGUCCCCUCCCAAAUCGACUGUUCCCUUGCCCAUCACUUCAUCUGCCAGCGCGUCAAACGAGCCUCGUUCUGGCAGAACCCUUCGUUCCUCAACCGCCUCCCCUUCCGCUCCCGGCAUGUCCAACACGGCAGCCAUUCAGAAGCUCAAGGAAGAGCUGUCUGCUGAUAUCGAGCUGUCUGCUGACAUGGAAUCUACUGCUGGCAGAACCGAGAAAAUUAAGGGAGAGCCGUCGGUUGAGUUGCCUUCCGCAGCGACUCUUGGCCCUUCACCCCCUACCACUGCCAGCAAGUCAAAGAAGCCGCGUUCUGGGAAAACUCGUCGCUCGUCAACUCCCGCUGCCCACAACACUGCCACCAAGAAAGUCAAGAAGGAGCUGUCUGACACGCCGUAUCACGGACCAACCCUUCGCUCCUCGGCCACAUCCUCUUCUGGCAAUGUUGAGCCGUACUCUGCGUCAACGCUUCGAUCUUCUCGCCGCGAGGCGGUUUUGAGAAUCCAGGAGGAGCUGUCUGCUGAGGCAACCCCCAAUCCAGCCUCUGGAUCGAAAGUGGUUGCAACUGCUUCAGAGCUUGAGCGCGAGCCUCCAAUUGAGCGCGAGCCCCAGCCGGAAGCCCAGCCUAAGGCGGAGAAUUGGGAAGGGCCUGAGCAUGAAGAGGCACAAGGAACUAUGGCCGGCCACCGCUACGGCGACCACCGUAACUGUCCCAUAUGUGAGGUUUGGGGCUGGGAGUGCCCGCCUCUGCAUAUUAGCGAGGAGGGUCAAGAAAUCUGA